AGGCAAUCAACGUAAGUCCCGGCUUUUCUUCCACCUUACCGCUCGCCAGGAGCACGUAAGUAAAAAGUCAUUUUCCUUAGCGGAAGACACAUUCCGGAAAGUCCGACGAAUCUCCACGCAGAGGCCACCAUUUUGUACCCGGACCGUGAGAGAAAUAAAUUGCCGCCGGGCAAAUCGUAUUUUAUUUCGCGCUGGUAAACACGGUGAAGUGAGUUUACGCCUGACAGGACAAACAGUUACGUGUAACGAUAUUAAUCCAAAUGAACGUUUACUUGUCGGCAUAUUUCUCUCUCUCGUACUCGCGACAACGGGAUUAUUUUUGGGACGCGUCCCGCGAUGUGAAGUUAAACGUCGAGCGCGCUUAAAUCCACCAAAACGACGACGAAUCGAUUCUCCGCUCGAAUAACAACGAAAAUAAAAAUAAAAAAAAGAGUCGAGACAAUCGACGAGUGAAAUGACGAGACGCGAUCGAGGAACGUUUCGUUCGAGUCUGAAUUUACGAACGUCAAAAGCGUGAGCACUUUCGCGAAUUAUUGUGAGAAGGAUGAAAUUACUACCGCGCGAUGAUUGUGGCAAUUCGUACGAGGUCUACAAACUAAAUGUGUCAUCCCAGUUCUCCUUUGGCGAUAAUUAGUGCGUUGUACGAGUUACCGGCUGUGACGCGUUCAAAUUAGAUUCGUGUUUACACGAACGGCGACGCCAGCAAGAGCGUCGUGUCGGCGCUAAUCAGAAGAUACAUCUGAUUAGAGAGUCGAUGCAGUUCAUUAAUUAACAUAGCGCGUCCCCCGGAAACUGAUCUUAUACGGCAAUCUGCACUGAGAAAACUUAAUACCGUCGGAUAUUAGAAGUAUAAUUUCUCUCUCCCCGGGACUUAUCUUCUCCGGUCGAUCGAGAUAAAUUCAGCUGAAAGAGCGGAAUAGGGACUUCCUUCUCGCGCUCGGAGCCGAGAGGUUGGAAAAUGUUUAUGCCGCGUACCAACCACCGAGGAAGAAAUUACGCCGAGAUCGUCGGUACUAGAAAUUCUAGUCGCUUGAUUAAUCGCGCCGGCCUUCGUUUAAACGCGGACAAGGACGCGGGACGCAAAGACGUUUGAACGAGAAAUCCACGAGAGCUCUGAGAUAGCGGAAUAUUCUUGAUUAGAACAUUAUCUGACGAUUUCCUGAGUUAUACAGAUUAAUGGCUUCGUCAAAUUGCAUACGCACGAUCUAAUGACAGUGCAAAUCACAUGUCAUUUAGAAGACAACGAUCACUUCAGCGAAAAACGCAGCACGAAAGAAGACUCAAAUACGGGAAGGCAGAAGUUAAAGGAAGAGACGCCUUCAAAGAAAUCGGAAGAGAGAGGGACAGCGGCGGUAGCGGUUAUGUCUAGGAAGCGCGUCGGCCGCGAAAGCCAAGCACGUUUUAUUAUCUCGAAAGCUAUUUUGCCGGCUGCCUACUCGCUAAUAGGAUUGUCACUCGCGUGCCUUUUGCCGGGACCUACGAUGGCGGAUAGUUCCAAUUCCCGGUAUCGCGAACCGUCGUCGUCAACGGUUCAAGAUAUUCCGGGUCGCGCCCCCGCCAACUUCGUGCCUCAUUAUCCGCUUCGUUCCCCGAACGCGCGUCCCCGCGGCAAGAGGGAAAAUGGAAAAAUAGGCCGUGGAGAAAAAAAACAGAACGACCUGGGGAAGAAAAUAAUCCGCAGACGGUAACGAUCGCGCGAAUUAUUCUCCCUUCGUCGCUGCGUCCCGUAAAUUAAUACGAUACCAUAUGGACAGCCGCGGAAAAAAAAAACUCGACCUCGAAGGAAAAGAGAAAGAUAGGGAGAGCACAUCGAGAAUUCAAAGCACGAUUUCUAAACUUUUUCGAUGGCUCAAUUUCGCGGGGAGACUCGACACACCCCGACCACGCCCGCCUCGCUCUCGCGACAAUUCGCU